AAAUCCAUUUAAGAGUCACAUUUCAAUCGCUUUACACGGACCCAAAUCAAAUGCAAUAACCAGACUCACCAAUGGCGAUCUUCGAGCAAGACAGAUUCAAAAUUUUUCGAGAAGAUGAUGAAGAAGAAGUAGAGAAGGAAGAAGAUGAAGAAUCCCAUUACAGCCAGAGUGAGGGGUCCGACUCGGAUCGCGACUUUGAUGAUGACCUGAGUUACGACGUUCUUGAGGAAAGUGGUGAUGCAUGUACUGGGGAUGUUGUUAUGUUCAAGCAGAAUGUUUAUGAAACGUUUAACAUAGCAUCACGGAGUGCCAGUGGUCCUCCAUGUGGCACAAGAACAGUUGCAGGCCGUAUCAUUAAAGAAAGUUAUGGUGCUGCCAAGCAGCAACAUACAUUUACUAUAGAAGUUCUCUGGAGUAAGGGGGAGAAACCACUUCCUCCACUUCAUCCCCUUCUAAUUAAAGGGCGAAAUCUUUAUCGAUUGAAGACUUUGAGGCAGAGAUGGGAAGAUGAAGGGAAGAGGCAAAAGGUUUUAAUGGAAAAGCACUCAAGGGGUUCUAUUGCCAGGUCCGAUAGAGAAAUGCGGAUCCAGGAGAAGGAAAGGAGAAAAAUGCUCAAGGGCAAGGCAAAUAGGAUUGUCAAAAAAGAGGAGCCGAACAAGAACCAUUACCAGAGGGUUCGGGAGCCAGCACUUAAACAUCAGCAGUCAGGUUUAUCAGUUGUUUCUGCAGAACCGCAACGGAGCAAAAAGCAGCUAUGCUGGUAUUAUCCACAAGGAAUAUGCCCUUUUGGAAGCAACUGCAAGUUUUUGCAUGAGUUGAGGCAUACCAGGAGAGAAGGAAGAGAGGUCACAUGAUCGAAGAAUGUAUAAUAGGUGCCUGCGCUGACAUGUUCCAUUUCUUUUAGCAUGGUGGAGAAUAUUAGAUCUCCUGGAAGAUAUGUUGAGGGAGACAAACCCCUAAAAUUGAUGUGAUUUUGCAAAGAAAAUUAAAUUCGAUAUCUGAUG